AUGAUGCAGAGCUCGGCCGUCACCACGGAAGGGUCUGUCAAGGGGCUCCCGGACAUCCUCGGUGUACCGAUGCAACAGAUCCCUCAGUGUGCCGGCUGCAAUCAGCACAUCUUGGAUAAGUUCAUCCUCAAAGUCUUAGACAGGCAUUGGCACGGCUCCUGUCUUAAGUGUGCAGACUGCCAGAUGCAGUUGGCCGACAGGUGCUUCUCCAGAGCGGGGAGUGUCUACUGCAAGGAAGACUUCUUCAAGCGCUUUGGGACAAAAUGCACAGCUUGUCAGCAGGGCAUCCCCCCCACCCAGGUGGUACGGAAGGCCCAAGACUUCGUUUACCACCUCCAUUGCUUUGCCUGCAUCAUCUGCAACCGCCAGCUGGCCACAGGGGACGAGUUCUACCUCAUGGAAGACGGUCGGCUGGUGUGUAAGGAGGAUUAUGAGACAGCCAAGCAGAAUGAUGACUCAGAAGCUGGAGCUAAGCGGCCUCGGACCACCAUCACAGCCAAACAGCUGGAAACACUAAAGAAUGCCUACAAGAAUUCUCCCAAACCCGCCCGGCACGUGAGGGAGCAGCUGUCUUCUGAGACAGGGCUGGACAUGAGGGUUGUGCAGGUCUGGUUCCAGAACCGGAGAGCCAAAGAGAAACGGUUGAAGAAAGAUGCUGGACGUCACCGCUGGGGCCAAUUCUAUAAGAGUGUCAAGAGGAACCGGGGAGGCAGCAAGCAUGAGAAAGAGAGCUCUGCAGAGGACUGUGGGGUUAGUGACAGUGAGCUGAGUUUCCGAGAAGAUCAGAUUCUCUCAGAUCUCGGCCACACCAAUAGAAUUUAUGGCAAUGUGGGGGACGUUGCAGGCGGACAGUUAAUGAAUGGGAGCUUCUCCAUGGAUGGGACAGGACAAUCCUAUCAGGACUUGAGGGACGGGAGCCCUUACGGAAUUCCCCAGUCUCCGUCUUCUGUAUCAUCCCUGCCAUCCCACACUCCAUUGCUCAAUGGGCUGGAUUACACGAUGGACAAUCAUUUGGGAAUCAUUGCACAUGGAGGGCAGGGAGUGACGCAGACACUAAGAGUGAUGGCUGGGGGGCCUACCUCGGAUAUCUCUACAGGAAGCAGUGUUGGCUACCCAGACUUCCCAACCAGUCCAGGUUCCUGGCUGGAUGAAGUGGAUCAUCCUCCUUUUUAAAAGACUCUGCUCCCCACCCUGCUGAUUCUUCUGGCCUGAGGAUCCAUCCAAGUAUCAAGAGACAAAUAUACUUUUCAUGGAUAACAGAUGCACCAAUGUGAAUUUCCAUUAUUUUCAAUGGAAGUCCUCCACUGAUUCAUGGAAGGUUGUAAUUUGAUAAUCCUAGGGUAUUGUUCUGUGGGGGAAUUGGUGGGAGCAGAGGAGUCCUUCUGGAACAGCAUGGGGAAUAGAUAACUAUGGCUCUUUGCCUAGGGCCAUAAGGAAUGCUGACUUGUUGGUUCUUCCCCUUAUCCCCCAUGCUUACAGGCCUUGGCUGUUCAUCAUUCUGGAAGCACGUGUUAACUGUGACUACUUUGGGAACUCCACCUCAGCUGGUGUUUUUACUGAA